GGUUUUGUCCUCACACAGAGCCUCGCGCACAGCUCCCUCGCCCAGCUCCGACCAGAAACCACACCCUGCCUCGAGCCCUCCCACACGCGCUCGCGACAGCCGGGGUCAGAGAGCGUGAGCCUAGAGUGGACUGUUUUUUUUUUUUAGUGUGUGUGGUUGUUUUUGAGAAGGGGGGCUUCGAGUAAAGAUUCCUGCUGUGCGUAACGUUUGGAGGCGUUUAAGUUUCUCGAAUCUUUCAGUUUUAUUUCUUGGAAACUUCACACACAUUUGCUUCCUUCACGCUCCAAACUCGACUUUCCUCCAGUCUUGACCGUCGCCCUGCAGCCCAGCCUGUCUGAACUAAAGCACAAGCAUACGGAAGCAGCCUUACCCAAAAAUCAUCAACAUACAUCUUACGGUUCCAGCCAGGGCAAGAACCUCUACAACAACCUGUCGGCUACCUGCCAGCUGUAAACCAAAGAGACAGACCCUGUGCACUAGCGGGUCAGACUGAACGGGAGCCAUGUUGAUCAUCUUAGCCUUCAUCAUCCUCUUUCACCUGGCUGCAGCCAUUCUGCUCUUUGUUGCUACUAUUCACAAUGCGUGGUGGGUCGUGUCACCAGCUGGGCGGGAUGCACUCUAUGUUGACUUGUGGUACUCGUGUAACACCACCUGCUACCCCGUGGAGAACAGCCACUCUGUCAGUGCUGCUUACCUACAGGCAGUCCAGGCUGCCAUCAUCCUGGCCACCAUUUUGUGCUGCGUCAGCUUCUUUGUCUUCAUGCUUCAGCUGUUCAGCAUCAAACAGGGAGAGAGGUUCAUCUUCACAGCUAUUAUCCAGUUGCUUGCCUCUCUAUGUGUGAUGAUCUCUGUGUCCAUCUACACAGCAGAGAAUAAGAACUUCCAUCUGUUCAGUCUCAAAGAAGGUUCCUACGGUUCUUCUUACAUCGUGGCGUGGGUUAGCUUUCCCAUGACUCUCAUCAGCGGCCUUAUGUACCUGGUGCUCAGAAAGCGUAAAUAGAUGUGACACGCAAGCGACAACAUUGAUAGGACUUUUGGACAGAUAUGCAUAAGAACAAUGGGGCAUUUACACAUUUUCUUUCUAACCAUCAGGUUUUUAGUAUUGACAUCAAGGAAAAAACCACAGCAGAAUAUCUAGUCAUAAGUUCAGAACUGGGUUAAAUCCCCUGACAGCAAUGUGUGCAUUCAUAAGCCCUUUGCUAACACAUUGUCUCCUCCUUUGUCCUUUCUGUUGUCUGCCAGUUCUGUCAGUUUUCACAAAAAGAAAAUGUACAAAAAUCUUCGGCUAUGACACAGCACCCAGAUUUACCAAAGGGUCCAUUAUUUCAGUAAAAGUCUGCAGCAUUUUUUGUACAUAUUUGAAGUGUAUGUUUAGUUCAGUUUAUAUUUUAGCAGUAGAAGUAAAUAAGAUAUGUUAAUCAAAGCAUAAAAGCAGUGUAGUGAAAUUAUAGCGCAAGUGUCACAAGUAGGAUUUUGAUGCUUGGUUUGUGUUCUUGUAAUGCUAAUUUGUGUUUUUAACGGUGAAAGAGGAGCCAAUGAUGUAAUGUGUUAUUUGGGAUUAAAAUUAAAUGAAAGAAGUAAACUUGAAAUAUGAAUGAAGAUUUUCUUUGUUACUGACUUUUGUCAUAGCUUUUCUGAGAAGCUAUUUAUUGUUUUUAACCACUGUUUAUCUUGUAUUUGUUGAAUCAGGUGAUUAAUGAUGUUUGAAGUAAUAAACCUUUGCCAUGUCUUCCCUUCUGGUCAAGCUCUUGUCUGUUCCUUACUGGAACUAUAUAAUUCAUUUAAUUUUUAAUAAAGCAAUAGAUUAAUCAGUCUUAUGCCUGGCUUUUAUGUUUGAACAUUUUAAGAGAACAACUUAAGGUGCUAAUUUGCUAUAUAAAUAUUGGCUGGAGUUUAGACAGCAUUAUAUGGGGAGGUCUAAAAGAAAGAGUACUGAGAGAAUAGAUAUGGACAUGAUUAUGCUCUAACGCAAGCUGAUACUUGAUGAAUGGAAUACCAUAUUAUAAGGCAAGCUUGUCAAUUCCUUUUUAUACCUACAGAUUUGUUUAUAUUAAAGAAAAUCUUUAAAAAUGUACCUUUUAUCUCUUUCAUUUGAAAUAAUACAACUCAACCAGAUGUCUUAUAGUUACCAAAGUUUGACCUGGAUUAUCAUAAAUUGUCUUUAACUUUAAAAGGCGACACAUUCAAAUGAAAGUACAGUAGUCUGUCCUCUCUGAUCCCUCAUUAGAACCAUUAAAAAAAUCCAGUUUAUUUUCAUCUGAAAAAGCUUUUUUUGAAGUAUUAACUCCACAUUGGUUGAGCAUGUCAUAUUGUUAAAUUAGAUUUUUAAGUCCUUGUAUUCAACACAACCUUUUCCAAUGUAAUGAUUUUUCUUUUGUAUAAUUUUGCCUAAAAAUGUGUAAUGUUGCAGAGUACUGUUUGUGGUUUUUGUUUUAUUUUUUCCAUGCUAUUGUUUUUGACCUCAGUUGCAACAUCUCUGCCAUCUUCAAUCAUCUAUCAGACAUGAUGUUUUGUUUUUCAUGGAUCCCAUUUCCUAAAACCCCGUUUUUUGUCUGCUACUGACACUACAUGGACUGUUUGGGAACUGCAAACAUUUGCUUUUAAGGAAACUGAAAUUUGCUCUUCGUCUUUUGAAUAUUAAUUUUAAUAAAUGUUAAUGUAUUAAAA